GCCAGCCCUUCCCGGUGAGGACCUCUCCUGCCGCUUGAGGGGUUACCAUGGCGACCACUCCGGGUCCCGCCAUGGAGGCCGCCGGGGAAUUGAGCAUCCAGACACCAAGGCUCCUGCCUCUGGAUGCGGUACGAUUUUCUGCUCUACUGGAGGACUGCGUUGACCAGCUUGCCAUUCUUGGCUUCAUCAUGCCAGUUUCCUAUGAGGGCCGCAAAGAUGUCAGCGAUCUUAAUAAUACAGAGACCCAGGGCAUUCUUGCAAACCAGAAGGAGCUGAGCUUGAGGUACAAGAACCUGAUGGACGCCCGAGCAGAGAGUCAGGCCAAGAUCCCCAGUGAGCUGGGCAAGAUUGCGGAACUUGGGCGGCAGCUGAAGGACACAGGCAAUGAGCUGAAGAGGGCCAACUACCUUUUCAACAUUGCCACAAAACAGAGCACAUUGUCCCCAGAGAACCUCAAGAAGAUUCAGGCGGACAGGAAAUACACGAGCGACGUGAUGGAAGACGUGACAGAGGAAAUGCUGGCACUGGGAACCUUUCACUCCCUCCAGUUAGCUGUGGACCUGGAAAAUGAAAAGAAGUUGAACCUGCAUAACCUUGUCCUCAGGGAAGAGAUGGGAAGGAAGAAGAUAAAGAGUCUCCAGAAGCAGCUCAGUGAUGUCAAGAAGGAAAAGGAGUUUGAGCUACAGAAUCGGAACGAGAUGAUUGCAUACCUCAAAGACCAGCUUCAAGAGAUGAAGGCUAAAACAGACAUGGAGAAUCGUUACGUCAAGAAGGACACAGACCUCCAGGUGGCUCAAACGCAGAUGAAAUGCUUUGAGGCCGAGAAUGAUCUGCAGAAUGAAAUUGAAAAACUGAGAAAUCAAACUGAGCAGGAGACAAGAGUCCACAUGGACAUUGAGAAUUUCCUUAAGCAGCAGCAAAAGAGCAUAGAAGAGAAGCUGGAGUAUUGGAUGGAUAAGUACGAGAGGGAUACAGAAGCCAAGCAGCAAGAGCUCAAUUCCCUGAAGGCCUCCAGAGCAGCUGACCAGGCAGCGCUACAGGAACUGGCCAAGCAGUGUCUUAUAUGUGAACAAGCUAUAAUUGAGGAUCGGAAGGAAAAGGAGGCUGCAAAGAAGAAAAUAGAACAGGAUGCUCUGGAGUUGAGGAGUAUCCUGAAGCUGCAGGCCUGGUGGAGAGGCAUGAUGGUCCGCAGAUUCCUUGGCCCUUACAAGGCCCUCAAAAAACUCUGGGAAGAAGAGCAACCAACCGCCAAAGAGAAAGCGAAGAAGAGCAAAGGGAAAGCGAAGAAGAAAAAGUGAUGGGAACAGAGCCCAGCUCUUGCGGCAUCUCCACACUGGGCAUUUGGGCAACACGGUUUUGUGGGAUGAAGGAACGGGACAAUUGUAUGUCUUUGCUGAAAGGAUCAGAAUUAAUAAAAGCUUUUAGCACUCGGCU